AUUUUGUGUAUCUGCUGAAUCACAAACUAGCCAACAAUGAAGGCCUUCAUAGCUCUACUGCUAGCCACUGUGGCUAUAGUCGCCGAAGGAUCUGCCGUAUCCACAGUUUGGCCGUCUCACUACGGCGGAUGGAACUCUUGGAAUGGAUGGAACGGUUGGAACGGAUGGAAUGACCAUGGCGCGCUAGCUUACCCAUACGCCAAAUCGUGGUCAUCUUCUUGGCAGGGUGCUCCGCUGUACAAAGGCUGGGAUGGAUAUGACAAUGGUGCCCGUUCGUGGGGUCUUCCCUGGGGAAGCUAUGGAAAUGGUUGGGGACAUCACGGUGUUGUGAAGGCUGUCGUUCCGGCCAAGACAAACUACUGGGGAGCACCAUGGGGAUCGUACGGAUCAGGAGCCUAUGGCUGGGAACACUAGGGCGUGUCUGAUUUCAAACCACGGUUGUAUACAAUGAGAAAUUCUGUAAAUAAAAAGUUUUAUCUCAAAUUAA